UCUAUGAAUUUCUUUCUUUCCAGGACGCCAGUAUAUGCUGAUGAAGAUGACAAUGGAAUGCAAGACAACCCAAUGUAUGUAUCAGCAGGACCACGGAAUCAAAAACAAACAGCUGGAGAAAGUGGAGUAGGUGAUGGUGCAGUUUAUUCAACUGUUGACAAGAAUAGAAUUGUUGUUGACAGCAGCAAAAAUGAUGUUUAUGCAGAAGUUGAUAAGACAAACAAGGCAAAAGCAAACAAGGGAAAGCAAAAAAAGGAAAAGAGCAAGCAGGGGUUCAUGAAAGAUAAGAAGGGGAAGAAAUUGAUGCAAGACGGUAAAUACAAUGUUUUGUGUUAUAUCACAUAGAUGAUGAUGUAACA